UCAAUUCAACUGAUCCUUCUUAUUAUUUAAACCCUUCUCAACAGUUUCUGCAACCGCCUCUUCGGUCUCUCGACAGCGCUUUAAAGAACCGUAAACCCUCUCGAAAUUCCAACGCAGUAUAUAUAAAUCUACUCUCUCAAUUCUGUAUUCAUCUCUUAGUCUCCCUCAGAUCAUGAAAUCAGAGAUGGGUGUCCCGAGAAAGCCGACGGUGGGAUCCGACGCAGAGGUUUCUGCGCCCUGUAUCUCCGGCGGGGUCUGUGGAGACGUUAGGAAGAGAGCUAGGGUUCUGAGUUGCGGCUUGGAAGAGGAAGAUUCUGUAAAGCGAGCUAGGCAGGGAUUCUUCCUCGACCGAAAUAAUGCAAAAGUCUUCUCACCAAUGCCACUCUCCAUGCGUCCGAUUGGCCCCUUACCCUCAGCAAAUCCAAUUCCACAGUUCUUCACUUCUCGCCCAUUGGCGCCGCUAUCUCCUGCUCUGCCGGCGAUUCCUCUCUCGGCGGUUCCGUUACCUCGGUCGGUAGAGUCGCCGUCGUCCUCCACGUUUCGCUUGGGGUCACCGCCCCUGAAGCAGGUGAAGGACGAGAAUAAGAAUGAGGGCAAUAGUUGCAGGCAGUUCUGGAAAGCUGGGGAUUUCGAAGGCCAGACUGAAAGCUCCUCUUCUUUUUCUGCUGAUAUUGAUCGUGUGAGGGUUCACCCAAAGUUUCUUCACUCAAAUGCCACAAGCCAUAAAUGGGCUCUAGGGGCUUUGGCUGAGCUUUUGGAUAACUCUAUAGAUGAGAUCUGUAAUGGGGCUACAUUUGUCAACAUUGAUGUGCUGGAGAACCCUAAAGAUCAAACUAAAAUGCUCUUUAUUGAAGACAAUGGUGGUGGGAUGGAUCCAGACAAAUUGCGACAGUGCAUGUCAUUGGGCUAUUCAAUGAAAAGCAAAUCUACAAAUACAAUUGGUCAAUAUGGAAAUGGAUUUAAGACAAGCACAAUGAGGCUAGGUGCAGAUGUGAUUGUAUUUUCACGUUGUCAAGCGAAUAUGUGUCCAACACAGAGCAUUGGUAUCCUGUCCUACACAUUCUUGAAGAAGACGGAGAAGCAAGAUAUUAUAGUUCCUAUGAUUGAUUAUGAAAAGAAAGAUAAUGAUUGGCAUCGAAUGGAAAGAUCCUCCUCUGUUGCUUGGAAAACAAAUUUGGACUUAAUACUUCAAUGGUCUCCUUAUAAUAGUGAAGCUGAUCUGCUUCAACAGUUCAAUUUGAUGGCUGAUCAAGGGACAAGAAUAAUUAUAUACAACCUAUGGGAGGAUGAUGAAGGACAGCUUGAACUUGAUUUUGUUACUGAUGCUCAAGACAUCCAGAUCAGAGGUGCUAACAGAGAUGAGAAAAAAAUUGAAAUGUCUAAAAAUUUUCCAAACUCGAGACAUUUUCUUACAUAUCAUCACUCAAUGAGGAGUUAUGCGUCAAUUCUUUAUCUUAGACUUCCUCAGAGUUUCAGAAUAAUUCUUCGUGGCAAAGAAAUUGAACAUCAUAAUAUCAUAAAUGACAUGAUGAUGAAAGAGGAGAAAACUUACAGGCCACAACCAGCCCUUGAUGGGGUGCCCAAGGAUUUAAAUAUUUUUGCUGUUGUGACCAUCGGUUUUGUAAAGGAUGCAACAAAUCAUAUUGAUGUUCAAGGUUUUAAUGUUUAUCACAAAAAUCGACUGAUAAAGCCAUUUUGGAGGAUUUGGAAUGCUGCUGGAAGUGAUGGACGUGGAGUUAUAGGGGUAUUGGAGGCAAAUUUUAUUGAACCCGCACAUGACAAACAAGGGUUUGAGCGCACAACUGUGCUAAAUAGGCUUGAAGCAUGCUUGCUUCGUAUCCAGAAAACUUAUUGGUUAUCAAAUUGUCAGAAGAUAGGAUAUGCCCCAAGACGUCACAAGAAAUCUAUAAGCAACUCAGAAGAUAAUGAGACUUCUCCUGAAACUCCUCAACAAUUGUGUACUAAACCUACAAUCACCGAAGCUCAUACUAUUGUCCAAUCACUAGAUUCAAUCAGGCACCAAAACUCUGGAAAGCUUUCUUUGCAUUCUGAUGAUGCCAAAGAAAGCAGCAGUUCAAUCAAGUUAGAUGAAUUGAGGAAUUAUGAUAAGAUGUUAGGAAAGGGUGAUAAGUGCUCCGUUUCUUCAAGUAAUUACUAUGGAUAUGGGCAAUCACAGACAGAAUGCGAGCCUAAUAAGCAACUUUUAGAUGGGUAUAAAGAGAAAAAUUGUGUUGAUUCUUAUUUGAAUGGACUAAAACCUCAGGAUUUGGGGAUGCACGCCAAGUUAUUGGCUGAUCAGAAUAAGGCCUUGAAGGAAAGAAUAGUUACAGUAGAAGGUAAGUUGUUGCACGAUUUGAAGAUGGCAAUGGAGAAGAAUAAACAUCUACUUGAAAAAGUUGAAUUUUUGGAGAAAAGAUUGAAGGAUGCUGACAAGGAACAAGAAACUAUUAUUAACAUAUUUGUAGAAGAACGAGAGAGGAGGGAUGCAGAAGAAGAGAAAUGGAGGAUUCGGUUAAAAGUUGCCAAUAACAGAAUAAAGAAUUUAGAGAAUUUGGCGAUGCAUGGAGUAAAAUCAGAACUGCAGUGACCGUAAAAGUGUUCAAAGUCUUACGGUGCUUGCGAUCCAUUUCACCAUAGCAGAGUUUUGUUAACUGACUAGGAAUACAAUUCAACAGUAUAGUCCAUUUGCUUGGUUUCUUUACAUUUAUUUUAUUUCUUACUUGUGGCUAACUUGAACUCAAAAUUGGCUGCAGUUACCUUCGUAAAUCUGCGUAGUGUUCCAUUUGUGUAGAUCUGGAAGCAAAGUAAUUAUACAAUUUCAGUUCUUA